AGAAACUGUGAUGUUAUUUGUUUUCAAAAGGGGAAAUAAGUGAGAAUCUAAGUGAUGCAGCAGAGAUGAAACUUGAAGCAUGUCUAAUCCUAAUGCUGAACGCGAUGGCGUUGAGCAUGCGUCGCGGUCCACAUCACCCGCAUGGCCAGACCCCGGUUGAUCACAAGCACCAUCAUUACAAGCCACGAGGCUCUGAGUCACUCACGGGAGACGUGCAGCUAUUGCAUGAUACCAAGCAUAUUGAAGAAGAUGCUCAGGUACUGACAGCGGAAGCGCUAUCAAAUAUGACACCAGAAGAAUUAGAGUUUCAUUACUUCUCAGCUCACGAUUUUGAUAAAAAUUCCAUGUUGGAUGGAUUGGAACUGCUGAAGGCCGUUUAUCAUACUAUAGAGCAUGAAGCGCCAGAUCCAGAUGCAGAUUCAUCUAUUGAACCGGAGGCUAAUGAUCUUGAUGCCUAUAUUGCUUUAGUAGAUCGAACAUUGGAAUCAGAUGAUAAAGAUGGAGAUGGUUAUGUAUCCUACGCUGAAUAUAGAGCAGCCAGAGCCAAUAAUCCAUCAGAAAGAACCCCUAGAGUUCUUGCAGCCAAUACCCCUUAA